AUGGAUUUACUAACCAAGUUUGAUGUGAGCGUAAUAAACACCCCUCCAAACAAAGACCGCCUUCGAAACGCAAGUGAGUCACCAGACAAGCAAUGUCACUUUCCUAGACAGAAUGACCAUUUUGUUGGAAGUUUUGAGUCUGAAAGAGUUCUUGCUUUCUGGAAGGAGAGGCAUCUUCAACUUGGUGAUGAAAUCCAAAGGGCAAGGGUACGUUUGGAAUUUGUUGAAGGCCAAAUUGAAGAUGACAAAAGGCAGGCCAAUCUGGAUAGGGCGAAGUUGCAGCGCAUGAAGCGUAGACACAAACGACUUCGGAGUGUAGCUGUUCAAAAAUACAAGAACUCAUCUAAUGCAAAGGAGUCAAAGAAGCGUGUGAUGCAAGCUGGAUUCGACUACUUCCGGUCCUAUGCAAAACUCGUCGUACCCGGGUUUGAUUGGUCAUCUAUUACCUUUCCGACGUUAACAAAUAUACUCAGCAAGGGAAGUGACCAUUUUGGUUAUCGUGUUUGA